AUGGCUCCCAUGGCUCAGAACAACGUAAAGAGCCUUCUGUCGCGACGAUACUACUGCUACGAUGACGGCACCUGUUACAACUACUCUGGCUGGCACUGGUGGGGUCGCUGGGUGUUCCUCGGCCUCAUCAUCCUCUUCUUCCUCGCCCUGUUUCUACUCCUGUGUGUCCGCAACCGCCGCCGCCGGACCCAGGGCAACGCUCCGAUGUACGGCACCGGCUGGAUGGGCAACUGGGGCCACCCUCAGUACCCACCGCCGCAGUACAGCCAACAGCCUCCUGUCGGCGCGCAAUACACCGGUGGCACCUACAACAGCAACCAGGGUUACUAUGCAAACAGCGACGUGCCGCUGCAGCAGCCAUCCCACUCCUACGCCCCAACACGUGGCGAUGCUGGCGACGACUAUGCUCCGCCGUCGGGUCCACCGCCACGCAAGAAUUAA